CUGGGCCUGUUGGGUCCUGUGUUAGAAUCAGCGGCGUGUUUGUAGUGGUUGUGGCGAUGGCGGUGGUCGGUGUGUGGAAGUACAGACCUUCAGCGGAUUCAGUUUUCCAAUGGGAAGCUCACAAAUUCAGAAAAUGUAGAAUUUCAGCUGCACAAAAAUAUACACAAAAAUAACCCCCGGAAGAAGAAUCAGCUUAUCAUGUCUGCUGAGACAGAUAGAUUGACGUACGUUGGAAAUAAUUUUGGAUUGAGUGCCCUGAAGUGUAACUCACUGUGCAAAUCUGCUAUGGAAUUGCUUACAUUGAGUUGGAAGAUACAGUAUUUCAUAACUAUAUGGCUAUUCUCAACAAAGUGUGUCAGGGAAAGUGUUGCAUUAAGUGUGGCAGGAUCAUGUGCUAGAUGUAUUUUGUUGGUGUGCUAAAUAAAAGAACUGGGAAAAUGGAGGUGCACGAUGCUCAGCUGUUCAACAUGCAACCCUUCUUUCCUGGUGAAUCUGCUACAGAAGGAGAUCCCAAUGAAAAAAACACCUCUUACAGGGAGAAGGUGGAUUCCCUCAUUGAGGCCUUUGGUACUAACAAGCAGAAACGUGCCUUGAGCUCUCGCAGACUGAAUCGGGUUGGGAAUGAGACUUUGCAGGAAGCUGUGGCCAAAGCAGCAGAAAAUAUAAUUGAAAAGAAAGGAAUAACAGCUUUAACUAGUGAGGCAACGCAGUUCGAGUCUCAGGACCAAUCGACUUUUCUUCCUCCCUGUCAUGCUGAUGCACAUAAGCCUGAGGAUGUUUAUAAGUUUGAGGACCUCAUCUCACCUACUGAGUUUCAAGCAAUCGAAGCACACUGUGCACUGAAAAUUAGCACUGCAGAAGAAAUUUGUAAACUGGCACAAACUGGCAACUAUUCCUCCUUUGUCCUGGAAUCAUUGAAAUCCUUACCUCAGGAUGAGAAAAGUCGUGAUUAUAAGUGUCAUUGCCUGUUUUAUGUACACACUCUGAUCAGAUUGCACAAUUUAAAAAACCACGAAUUGAAGCACAAAGGUUCCCUUGGGAGUGAUGUUGCGGAUGUUGUAAAAAACAGUUUGAUGAAAAAUUUCACAGUCCUGACUUACGACAAUGGACGUAUAAAAAAUGUAAUGCCAUCCUCCAUGAAAGCUAAGAUAGUGGCAUACAUUAUUGCACUGGCUUUACACAUCAACAGUUUUCAAACUGACCUCACGUAUCUACAACGGGACUUAAAAAUCAGUGAAAAUAGAAUUUUGGACAUUGCAAGAGCGAUGGGUUUAAAUAUUGCAAAGAAAAAGGUGGAUAUUCCGGGCAGUACUGCAGAGGAUCAUAAAAUAGCAACACUCUCAUUACCAUUGGCUGUGCGAAGUAAACUUCAAGGUCGCAAAAGGAAGAAAACAUUGUAAACAGAGACACAUAGCCAAAUGUCAAAUCAGCUUUUGAGUCCACAAAGGCAUAUGCAUGAAGAAUCUCCAACAAGAAGUACAUUAUCUGGUAUGAAGAGUUGGCAAAUACUUCAAAUAUGCUUUAAAUAGGAGGACCCAGGUACCAUGACAGUGUGAUUGAAAUGUAAUAGAUAUUUUGAACUAUGAGUUAAUAAGUGACUGUUAAGAUAUGUCUGUUUUCUUAAUUAAACUUCAAAAUACAGUCA